UGUCGAAAGUCUGUCGAGCGGCCGUGACUUUGUCUGAAGGUGGGGCAAAGCAUCUGCCGAUGCUUGGCAUGGGGGAAGAACCUCGGUGAUCAAGCAGCAUAUAAAUCGAAGUUGCCUCUUACAUUUAUCAGCACUCGCUGCAACCUAACUCGAUUCGUCAUGGCGAGCCGGUCGAUAGAUGAGCACGGCCUCGACCCUGGGUAUCAACAAUCGAAGAAAAGAAAAAUUUCGCGCGCGCCCACACUUUCCACAAGACAUUCUUUCUCAAGAAAGCGAGCUUUAGUCGCUUGUCAACCAUGUCGGGCCAAAAAGGCCAAAUGUGACAACACACGCCCGAGUUGCUCCAGAUGUCGGAACCAAGACUCCGAAUGUGUUUAUGAGGAUUCUGAACCAAAUCUGUUCGACCGUGGGACACUGGCCAUCAUUAAUCGGCUCGACUACUUGAUCGAUCUCAACGAAUCAAACAACUCCACUCGGCUACCGGUCCACGGAGGUACGAACAAUGAAUCCCAGCGUGGUGGAGGAGACCACACCACCAUGGGAGUUCGGAGUGAUGUGCAGCAUCGGCAGGUCGAACUCAGUACAAUUGACACAGAUCUCGAGAAUCUCGAAUCUACCUAUGUUGAUUCAGGAUACUCCCCAUUGGUCACUGAGUUGUCGUUUUCUUCUUGUGAGGGCAUCCUUAAAUGGCCUGUGUUCGGAGAUGGUCAAGAUGUUACGAAUAUUGAAGCCUUAUUCACCGAUCCAGUGCUCAGCAACGAUGGCGUUGAUCAUCUUCUGGAAAAACAUGGCCAGUCUCGUUCAAAUCAGACGGCCUCAAAGGAUGUCGCGUACAACGAUCGCGGAUUCCCGGGAGAUGAUAUCCUCGUAUUGGUUGAGAGCUUCCUUGGCCAUGUUCAUACAAAGAAUCCGAUAUUGAACCCUACUGAAAUAAGAAAGAUGGCUUGUGGUGUAGCUCAGCGGAAGCUUCAGUGGGAUGGACCUACAUGUCUUGUGCUUUUGACAUGUGCAUUGGCUGUGAUUUCGUCGCCGUUCGCUCGUAUCUCGACCGUUGCCGAUAAUGGAAAAUAUGGUAACAGCUACGAAGACACACCAAAAUACUCUCUUGCGGAAUAUUACUAUGAUGAAGCUCGAAAACGCAUCGGCCUUCUGGGUAAUGGAUCCCUAGCUACUGAGUGCUACUUCCUGAUUGGAGUUUAUGAAAUGUAUUCACUUCGACCAUUCCAAGCAUCAGUAUCAUUUAAUAGAGCGUGCGUCACAUUCCAGAUCUCUAACAGACGAAGUUUCAAAUCGUCAGAAGAGUCAGCUCUGCUUGACUCUCAUGCCUGUCGACAGUAUUGGUCCUGUCUGAAAUCAGAACACGAGAUAUCUGUGGAGCUCCAAGUUCCCUCCUCUGGUCUCACCUCCCAAAACUAUACUCAAUCAUUUCCCUUACCUCCUGUGAGUCGCGACAACGACUCUUGUAUGUCAGCAUCGCCGACUGUCAUGUUUUAUACAAGCCCUGAGCCGUUCAUGGAGCGUCUUCCUCAAGUUCAAGGUUCAUGGUACUACUAUUUGGCUGAUAUCGCAGCGCGUCGUAUCCUGCAGCGCGUCGUGGAUUCGUUCUAUGCGGAUCAUAUUGAUCUGCAGCUCACCACGAUUACUAGUAUGAUCAAAGCAGCAGAAGAGCUCUCUCGACAGAUUGACCAAUGGUAUCAAAAUCUUCCUGCUCCUAUUGCAUUCGACUACGAUAUGCCUGCUGAGGAUGAAUUGGCUUAUCACCUUCAAGCGCGGACUUAUGAACUUCAGGAACGGACUUAUCGGCCUUUCCUGUUUUACGCGCUUCACUAUGAUCUUGACGAGGAAACAGGAAACAAAGUCAGGUCCCUUGUACAGAAGCACAGUGCAGUUUGUGUGAAGCUCAUUCGACAUUGGGAUAUUCGCCAUCGACAUCACGGUACUUGGUUAAUGGUACGACAGAGUUUCAACUCGGCUCUGCUUCUUAUAGCCGCACAUAAAGCUGGCCUAAGCGGAUUACCCCAAAAGCAGUUUGAGGAAACUGUCAGACUAUCAGUCUCUACCAUACGCUACUGGGAACGGGAGGCGGCGGACUUGAAAGCAUCUAGACUGAUCCUACAGGAUGUCAUGUCCCGCAAUUGAUCGGGGAGCAGGAAACAGGAGUCUGGGCGAAGAAGAUUUCUAAAAUGAAACUAUGUGUAUGGGGCUUGGACGAUCGUCUCCAGUCCUAAGACGUCCCUCGUGCAAUCUGAGAUCUGUAAGAGCUUACAGCGAGUACAGCCUCGUCUCCACCGCUCUU